CUGUGUUGGUGAAUAUGCGCCUUGAUGAGUUUCCUGGAACAGGUUACAACUUUAGUUACUGAUAAUAAUACGACUUCAGCUUAGGUUAUACACACUAAAAUAAUGCCUCAACACGCCUUUACACCAGGGUUAUGUGAACUUUUGCUAACAUUUCAGCAAGGUUAUUUUAGGCAGCUUAUUGUAAUAUUAUUUGUCAUUGUCGCAAUAUGUGACGCAUCUAGACUUCAUAUCUCAGUAAACAAUGAACACACACAUAGAACACAUUCACAAAAUAUCUUUCUGUGCGUAGUAUUAUAUAUUCAAUAAAUUGGUAUUAACUAUGUUUAACCUUUUAAUAUGUCAAAAUCUGAAUCACAAGACUUAAAAACUCUGACUUGUUCACAUGGGGACUUUCAAGACCACCAAUAUUAUAAAAACAAAUAACAAACAAGAUGAGUUAAACUAGUAAGUAUUGAUCAACAAAGUAGAGACUACAGUUAAAAAGGAGUCAAUAUGAAAUACUGAGAGCUAUUAAUAUUUAUUAGUUUAAAAAAUAUUUGCAUAAAAAUAUAUAGCAUUGUAUAUCAUAGAUCAACAGGUAUUGUGUGAUCAUAUUUGAAAAAAACAUAUAUUGAAAUUUUCCCAAUUAAGAGUGUAGAGAAUUGCGGUCCAGGAGCUGACACGCGUGCGUUCACACGAUGACAACUUCCUCUCUGAUAUUGGUGACAGGUCUCAGAUUCUCCAGAAUGCAUUGUAAGACACUGUUAAUGUGCGGUCAGACUGUGACAUAUUCCUCUCUGAUAUUGGUGACAGGUCUCAGAUUCUCCAGAAUGCAUUGUAAGACACUGUUAAUGUGCGGUCAGACUGUGACAACUUCCUCUCUGAUAUUGGUGACAGGUCUCAGAUUCUCCAGAAUGCAUUGUAAGACACUGUUAAUGUGCGGUCACACUUUGACAACUUCCUCCCUGCAGCCGAUUGUAUAAACAAUUUAACCACAAGGUAACCGCAAGAUCGCAGUAACCGCUGUGGUUACCGCGUCUCGGCGGUUUGUAUAAAAAACGACGUUGCCAGUAACCGCUCUAUUACCGCGGUGAUUUGUAACCCACCUCUAUGAGCUGGUUAGACGCUGGUUACCACACGGACUACUGACCAACAUGGCGGACGUACUUUUUUUUAGACACAGACGACAGCGACGAUUUCGACGAAUUGACUUACAAACGAAUGGACUUGAUGACGACGAACUGCGCCGAAGGUAUAGGUUUUCUGCCCAGAGCCUUGACCGACUUGUCGACCUCUUGGACCCUAUUUUACGAAGACAGACGCGACGAAACAGGUCUCUGUCAACACGGCAGCAGAUACUUAUAACUCUUCGAUUCUUGGCUACUGGGAAUUUUCUUCAGGUUAUCGGUGACACCUUCGGCGUUGACAUAGCUACUGUUUCUCGGGUUAUCACCGCUGUCGUUGACGCUUUUUUCGGACUGAAGGACCGUUUCAUUAAAUUUCCUACCAGCGACGAAGACCGAUGCCGAGCGACUAAUGACUUCUUCCGGGUUCGGGAAUUCCCUUCUGUCAUUGGUUGUAUAGACGGAACCCACAUCCGUCUUCUAUCACCCGGGCAGCCCGACGAAGCAGCGUACGUCAACAGGAAACACUAUCACUCGAUCAACGUACAUGCAACUUGUGACAGAGACGGGAAUUUUACAAGCAUGAAUGCCUGCUGGCCAGGAAGCUGCCAUGAUGCCCACGUUUUCAGGAUGUCCAACGUUGGCAGACAUUUAGAUGCAAAUCAUCAAGAUCCUGGACGUGGUUGGCUGUUGGGAGACAGUGGCUAUCCCUGUCGACCAUUCCUAAUGACACCCAUAUUGCAUCCAAGAAAUGAAGCCGAAGAACGGUACAACCAAGCACACAUAAGCACGCGAAACAUUAUAGAAAGGUGCUUUGGUGUAUGGAAGAGGACCUUCCAUAUAUUGCAUGUGGAGAUUCGAAUGAAGCCUGCAAAGGUGACGCGGAUAGUGUUGGCGUGCGCUGUGCUGCACAACAUGAGACGGAUGUGGGGGGAACCGAACCCGGAUGUUCAAGAUGACCUUGACGAACAACCGGACGUACAGAACUUUGACGGACCAAUGGACGGACGUGGUGUUAGGAAUAGACUGAUUGAACAGUAUUUUGUGUGAUGUUUAAGUGUUUUUUUCCACUAUGUUUUUCAUGUUGAAUGUAACAGUGCUACAUUGAUAAUAAUUUCAUUCUUCUUGUUAUCUCCCUGCAACCCGAAGGCGGAGGGAUAUAGUUUAAGCCUUUUUCGUCUGUCUGUCUGUCAUAAACUUGUCAGGCGUAGGUGUUUACCAUGAACAAGAACCAUAACCCUUUACGUUCUAAAAUAAAGAGUUAUUGCCCUUUGUUGUUUAUAUGGUGUAACUUUUUAGGGCUAUAUCUAAGAUACGAUAAAAGAUUUCUACAUAAAAAAAGACAUGAGUGUAUAGAUAUCAGUGUGGAGAAUUGCAAUGCAAUGUUAUUGCAAUUAUUUUCACUGAUAUCUAUAGCCCUGCACUGUGUUACUUUACAGUUAUUGCCCUGUUCUUUAUUUGGCGCGUAUCGGCGGGUGAUAUCAAUUCAAGGAAUUUGCUUGUUUCAUUUAUGAAAUUUAUCUUAAAAAUUACUAAUUGUUAUUCUGAUUUCUUUUUUAAAAUAUCACUGGAAAUUUGCUGUUCUUGUUUACAUUGUAUUGCCAUUUUUCCUCUGUGUUUAUUAAUUUAAUAAAGUAAUAGUGCAAUGUAUGUGUACUUCAAGCUUUCGAUUGUAUAUAAACAGUAACAUCUUUGUAUAGGAAAAUGAAAUAUUUAUUGCAAUUAAAAUGGUGAAAAUGCAUGAACAUAUGAAGUAAAAAAAUAUAUAAUUGUA